CGGCGGCAGGAGGGGCACGCGGGGCUGGACUCUUCUGAAACGCCGGCAGGGAUUGAAACGCAGCUGCUCGCUCAAAGUAUUAGCUGCAGACUGUAAUAUCGGUCCCCCCCUCGCUUCUGCUGGGAGGUUUUCCACUGUGAGUCGCUACACGGCUGGAGAAAAUGUCUAACGUCAACUGGAAGCCCUUUGUCUUCGGCGGGCUGGCGUCUGUGACAGCGGAAUGCGGAACCUUCCCAAUCGACCUGGCCAAGACGCGUCUUCAAGUUCAAGGCCAAGUGGGCGACAUCAAAUACAGAGAGAUCCGCUACAGAGGCAUGCUCCAUGCUAUAGUGAGGAUAUGCAGAGAGGAGGGGCUCCGGGCACUAUAUUCAGGGAUAGCUCCUGCCAUGCUGCGCCAGGCCUCCUAUGGGACCAUAAAAAUUGGCACAUACCAGAGCUUGAAGCGACUGCUGGUUGACAGACCAGAGGAUGAGACCUUGCUGACUAAUGUGAUGUGUGGUGUUCUCUCUGGAGUCAUCUCCUCCUCCAUCGCCAAUCCCACUGAUGUACUGAAGAUCCGCAUGCAGGCUCAGGGAAGUGUGAUCCAGGGCAGUAUGAUGGGCAACUUCAUCAACAUCUACCAAGAGGAGGGAACAAGAGGACUGUGGAAGGGCGUCUCUCUGACAGCUCAGCGGGCAGCCAUCGUGGUCGGGGUUGAGCUACCGGUGUAUGAUAUGACCAAGAAGCAUCUGAUCCUAUCAGGGUACAUGGGGGACACCGUGUACACGCACUUCUUGUCCAGCUUUGUGUGUGGCCUGGCGGGGGCUUUGGCCUCCAACCCUGUGGACGUAGUCCGGACACGCAUGAUGAACCAGAGAGGAGGAGCUCUCUACCAGGGAACACUGGACUGUAUCCUGCAGACGUGGCGCUCUGAGGGCUUCAUGGCCCUCUACAAAGGUUUCUUUCCCAACUGGCUCCGCCUGGGACCAUGGAACAUCAUUUUCUUCCUCACAUAUGAACAGCUGAAGAAGAUCAAUGUGUGACUGACUGAAUGAGACGGUAAAGAAGAGACGAGUAUGAGCGCACGCUCCGACGAGCUGAGAGGACCAAAAUCAGGAAUGGCUAGAUGGGGAUGGAUCCUUGAUGGGAACCACUGUACUGGCGAAGAGUGUUGAUGUAGACCCGUGUAAGAGGCGCGGCAUGAGAAUUUGCCUGAUUCCUGUUUGGGCUACAUGUCACCUAAAGUCUGUGGCAAGUGUGGAAGACACUCAUACCUGAUGUUUUACCUCAUCCAAAUGCUUUGUUAAACUUCACCGCUCAUUUACAUUUGAUAAUGUCCCCUGAGAUUCAUGUCCCCUAAUUUAUUUAAUGGGAAAUGGGAAAGAAACUUAAAAACAGCCUCAGACUCGUGUUUAUGAAGCUGCUUUAAAAAUGCGUUUAAUGUCACGAGGAAAAGACACAAGGCUUUUCAGUCUUCUACACUUAAAAGUGGUCUCCAAAUCGAGUGCCUUACUUUGUGAUACUGGCUGUCUGCUCCUGAGAUGCAGGACUGAGAAUGUCGGAUAGCAGCUGACGAUCGCAGUGAUCAUUCCCUUUUGAAAAAGUUUGUGUGCCUGAGUCAACAAACUUGGACUAAGAUCUGGUGUUUCUUUUUUCUAUAUUUCUAAAUUGGGAGUUGGGUGUGUGAAAUUAUUUAUUCUAAGAGUCUCCUCGGAGUAUUUACAGAGUCAAGAGCCAAGAAUACAUCACGGUGUACUGUAAUAAAUAACAGUCAUAUAAACAGAAGACCCAGAGACUUGUGGUCCCUCAUGCCAGCAAGCAAGUGCAGACAGCUGGGGGUCGACUCUGCGCUCCCUGGGUUUUUGUGUUAUCAUAUUUGUUACUGUAAAGCCUUAUUCCAGACAGACGUUAUGUAAGCCUACAUAUUAUAUCACACACCGUUUUAGGUUCAGACCUCUGGGGCAGAUUAGGGUAUUCAAGGUCCUGAUUUGAUGUUAAUUGCUUGAAGGCAUUAAAACCACUGCACACAAUGCACAGUUAAGUCCAGCUAUAUUUCCAUGUACUGUAUUUGCAUGCUGUAUGCUUAUCUGUGAGCUUUCAUUACAAAGAAUGAAUAGGCUGGCUGUUUGUGUGUGUGCGUGUAUGAAAACUGCCAUCGUAAGUGUAAUUUUUUUCAUACUUAUGAGGUUGAGGUAAAUGCUGCUGUAGCUCUGUAUAUUUUAAAUAAAAAAGACAAACUCA